AUGCUACAGAGAGCAUCUAAUAGGACAAAGUUCCAGUCAAUACGAAAUAUAACAACCGCAUCAAUACUAAAUCAAAAGAAAUCAACGAAAAAAUCAAAAAAACUAGAAUUAGAAACAAAUAUAGAAUCAGAAUCAGAAUUAAAAUCACAACCAAAACCACAGCCAAUUAAAAUUGAACCAACUUUAGAAUCAAUAAAAUAUGGUCCAUUAUCACAAGCACAACAAGCAUAUUUAGAUAGAGUAAUAAGAGUAGAUCAAGCAGGAGAAUUAGGAGCAAAUUAUAUAUAUAAAGGUCAAUAUUUUAUAUUAGCUAACAAAUAUCCACAUUUAAAACCUAUAUUAAAACAUAUGUGGGAUCAAGAAAUUCAUCAUCAUAAUACUUUUAACCAAUUACAAAUUGAAAAAAGAGUAAGACCAAGUUUAUUAACUCCCUUUUGGAAAAUUGGUGCAUUGGGGAUUGGUAUGGGUACUGCUUUAAUUAGUAAAGAAGCUGCUAUGGCAUGUACUGUUGCUGUUGAAACAGUUAUUGGAAAUCAUUAUAAUCAACAAUUAAGGGUAUUAAUGAAUCAAUAUGGUGUUGAUGUACUUGAUAAAGAUAGUGGAGAACCAAUACCUCAAAAUGAAGUUCCAAAAGAUUUAAAAACAAGUGAAGAAUUAAAAAAUUUAAAAAGUUUAAUUAGUCAAUUUAGAGAUGAUGAAUUAGAACAUUUAGAUACUGCUAUUGAACAUGAUGCUAAAAAAGCUGUUCCUUAUUUAAUUUUAACUGAAGGUAUUAAAUUAAUUUGUAAAAGUGCUAUUUGGACAGCUGAGAGGAUCUAA